AUGGGCACGGAAGUUGACUCCUCCUCUUUCCCAAGUUCUUCUUCAUCUUCUACUGCUCAAAGGAAGUAUGAUGUCUUCCUUAGUUUCAGAGGCGAGGACACCUGCAACAAUUUUGUGGAUCAUCUAUUUAAUGCUUUGAAAGGCAAAGGCAUUCACACUUUUAGAGAAAACGAAGAACUUAAGAAAGGGAAAGCCAUUGUACCAAAGUUCUUGGAAGCCAUAAAAGAAUCCAAAUUUGCUAUAAUCAUUCUCUCAAAAGAGUACGCAUCUUCAACCUGGUGCUUGGAUGAACUUGCACACAUCGUUUUCUGCAAGGAAGAGAAGGGAAUGACAGUUUUGCCUGUUUUUCAUUAUGUCAAUUCAUUCGAUGUAUGA